AUGGCGUCAGAAGGGAACGACACACAAGAUCCGGGAGUCUCCUGCAAACUGUGCCUGCUGUGUCACAUGGAAGCUCGGUAGCCCAGAGGACGCGACGCGAGUGGUGAUGAUGGCGGGGGCUUGAGGGACGUCGGAGGCGAAAGCGCGUGGAGAUUCUGUAGCUCUGCCCAGGCGACCCCCACCCACUCUUUACCUACCCCAACACCAACUGGCUGUGAAGCAAGAGCCCGCUGUUACCGGGGGUCAGCGGGCAACACAAAAAAACGAUGCCAAAUGCAAUGCGGUGCAUUGGUGCUGCGUGAAGAGCCAACGGCCACGAAGGGACGGAGGGAUGCUCGUUGCGUCGCAUGCACCUUGAUCGAUUAUGCUGGCUGGAGGGCGGUUGCUGGUCCGACGAGCUGAACCCAAAGGACGGGCUCAUGGUGCGCUUUUCCGAACCUCGGAGCUGAAUCCCCGAGAGAGCGUGGCCCUUGCCUGUGUGCAUGAGCGUGAGGCCGAGAGUGUGAGUGUGAGCGCGUGUGAGAACAAGUGAGCGCCAGCGCUCCCACAUGGCCUCCAUGCAGGACGGGCUGAACUUCACGGCUCCUCCCUAUGGCAAGGUCCUGCUGCUGGGUGCCAUCGCUGCCGCCUCAGCCUUCGUAGUCACCAUCCUCAUCGUGGUACUCUGCGUGGGCUGCCAGAGGAAGGGAAAGACACACAAUGUCCCCAGUGAAGGUGGGAAACACCGUCUCAUGGACAUGGGUAUACUCAGGCAGUCCAAGCUACGGUCCAUCAGUAAAUCAGACACCGAGAUGAACAAGAUGAACUGCAAUGGCAAAAGCAGGCAGCUUCCCCAGAUUCCCUCUGGGACUGGAGAGGACGGAGAGCACACUUACUCAGAAGUGGGCCGAAGCUCCUCCGCCACGCGAACUGACGACGCGCUCUAUGCCAUGGUAGGCAGGGCAGGUCAGACGGACACUCCAGCCCCUCCGGCCGUCCCUGCCAACACCCCGGCGCCACCCGACCCGGACGGGGACGUGGAAGGGGGCCUGCCUGAACCCGAAGCCCAGGUGGUGUCCGCGCCUCACCCCCAAGAGACGGCGGAGUACGCCUGCGUCAGGAAGCUGAGGAGAGCGGACAAGGCGCCCCAGAAGAGGGACAGCGGGACGGACACGGGGGACCCGCCGGUGCCUCCGCCACCGCAACACCCCCCGCCUUCUCACCCUGCCCCUCCGCCGCCACAUCCUCACAGCACAAAGUUGCCCCGCAGGAACAUGGAUGCCUUUAAUGUGCCGUCAUUCCCCAAGGAAGUGAUGUUUAUGGGAAAUGGAGAGCAGUACAUUUGGAAGCCUCCAGAGGAUGAAGAUGUCCUCAUGCUCCACAAUAAGGCCCUGGUACCUCUGGGGGCGCACACCAUGGAGAACAUCCAACCAUCUGCUGCAGUGGUGGCUGAGAUGUAUUCCAAGGUGUGUAAGCCGGCCAAGAAGAAACGCGCCGUACCCGGAUCGCCGCCGUCCAAUCCCGGCUUCAGGACCUUGGGUCGCCCCGACCGGGACCGGGAACGCGACGGGGGCUUUAGCGUCGUGGUCAAGCCCCAGACGUGGGCCCCUCAGGAGGGCAAAGUGCCCACGGGCUCCCUGGACGACCACUGCUACGAGUCCUUCGGGACAGAGGAGUGCGAGCCGGCCUACGAGAACCUGGAAGGCGGAGUCGGUUGGAGGCGAGAGCGAGCGCCCAACACGUGCGCCACCUUGCGGCCCAGGAGGAAGAAGGCGCAGCAGCCUUUGCAGCAGCAGCAACCGCCUCCUCCGCCACCCACGCAGCACAACCCCAAAUUACAGCACCUGCCCGCCAAAGCCCUGCUGCUGCCCGGGGAGAGCCUGUAUGAGAGCAUCGGUGACGUCAAGCAGGGCGCCACCACCUCCAGCACCACCACCAUCUUCACCUUCAACGACGGCAUGGAGAUGUACGUCACGGGGCUCUGAGGAGGAGCGGGCUGCCGCGCCGGCCCCUUUCCGUCGAGGGGCCGCCAACGCCGGUCUUUCCCAACCUUUAUUCAUCCAAGGCAUCUUUGACAUUAGGGGCUUUAUUUCGAUAGACGGUACAGAUUCAGAUUUUCCUUUCCUCCUUGAGUUGUGAAAUCCCCUAUUUAAUUGCGCUCCUUUUUUCCUUAUAUUCAUUUUUUUUAACCACAUGCCUCCCACUCAUUCAUAUAUUUUUUGAUAAAAGAAAUUGAGAGAAUAAACUUUCAAAACACAUUAUUUGCAGUAAAAAAAUUUUUUUCAGAGCGAUAAAGUGCAAUUGUAUCACUCAUGUGUCGUGACAUAGAGGUUGGGAAUCGCUGGCCUAUACCACAAGUAUUGACGGUUGAGUUCCUCUCGUGCCCUGUCCCUCUCCCCGACACACACACAGACACAACACGACAAACACACGCUGUUUACAUUACGUCAUGCCUUUCCUGGGCUCCAGCGGCCUUAAAUACCAAGGUUUAUAUGUUACGGCCGGGGCUUAGUCCAAACUGGAAAGCUUCGAAGGAAUCCAAAGGUUGUGAGCACAAAAGCAUUGCAGAGCAAUCAGUAGGUACCAGUAGCACUCGUUCAUCCGUAGACAACAAGUGUGUAAAGCACACGGAAGAGAGAAACUGAAAUUCUUCCUCAUUUCUAGCGCGUAAUAGUCCUUGCUGGGCCGGAGAAAUAAUAAUUUUUAAAAAAAGCACAGCCUUGAGAAAUAUUUGGUAGCACUUUUGAGUGGGCCAUCUGAAGUUAGUCAUGAUGGGAUUCAGGAUGCGGCGUCAAUUAUUCAAAGGGAUGAAUUACUUGUCAAAAUACUGGAAAGCUCAGGGACCAAGAGAAACAAUUAUGAGAGUAUUCUAACUUCCUGGGGAACCAAACCCAAGCUAUCAAAACAUUCUGUUAGGUUCUUGAUGUGCAUUUCUUCUUUUUCAGCUACUGUUUUGAUAAAUUCAUAAAUUAUUUACUGUACAAAUCAAGAGAAAGAACAGGCACUUGCAAAUCAGGUUUUAAACUUUUUUUUUAUAGAACAAAUCCUUAGCUCUAAGUGAACAGCAGCUGAUAAAAAGAUAUGCAAAUUAGAAAUCUAACAAAGUUUUGACAUCUUGAGUUAAAUCGCCCUUUAAGAAAGAACUAAUGGCACACUUUUUUUGCAUUCCUCCUUAACACUGGCACCAAGCAUUUUCAUCUCUGACCCGACUCUUCUCUGCAUCAUGUCCGGCGUAACAUGGACUGAACACUGUCUCUCUCUCUCCACUGCUGUCUGUAAAUGAGCUGUUUUACUUUGUUGAGCCUGUCCUGCACUUUGCCUGCUACGAAUUGCAUGCUAAAAAAAAAAAAAAAAAAGCAGGUUGGGAAAAAAAAUCAAACACUGUCGAGUUGUACCUCUAUUAAUGUUUUUAUUUUCUGUUGUUGUUGGCAGUUUCUUUUGCCAGUGUGUUGCUUUAUUUCUUCGUAGAGGAAAAGGCCACUUUCGAGUCCUUCUUCAACGCAAAGAGGACUAAACCGCUUGAGUCUUUAAGGGUGAACACGCUGGCUCGACUCACUCACCUCAUCAUUCCGUCGCUACCUUGUGUUCAUAUAACGUUGGCUUGGGUUUUGCCAAAGCUGCCGUCGUGCUGGUGUGUAUAAGUCGCAUCUGGUCACUCCUCCAUUGACAAACACUCGCUCUUCUAUCUGUGUUCAAAUGAAAUGAGGAGUGGAAAAUACAUGAGAAGACAUCCUGGACUAUGAUUCCAUUUGACCAAAUAUUCCCAGCAAAGCGUGUGGUUAUACUGUAUGUUGAUGCAAUGUGUAUGUAUAUUACAAAAGAGAAAGAAUAAUAAAUAUAUCCUCAGUGUCAAGAAAUCUAUCUUUUUCUAUGAUGUUUAAUUGUGUUAUGGAAUGAGUAAUCUUGUGACACAAACAGCUGCAAUGUAAAAAUUAACAAAAAAACAAAAAAAAGGAAAUCCCGUGUGUUGUUUAUUGUUUUUCUUGAAAUCGUAAAACUCGGGCGGCGCCCAUCCGACCGGACGGAUGGCUGGAUGGCCCCGCCCACUUGAGUCAGUCUGUGUGGCGGCAGCUCAUGUUUUGUGUUUGCUCUUCAGACUACAGGGUCUUGUACUCCAGCAGCGUGUGAUUCAAGUGCUAAGUGCAAAAGAUUGUAAUGUUUUAUAUCAAGAUUACUAUUCAUGAAAUGUCAGUCAAGUUUAUACUUUUGUAAUAAAGUGGCACUUUAAAAACA